AUUAGGAAAAGAGGAAGUAGGCAACUUAACUAUCUACACCAAAGAAAUUCACUUAAACAUUCUUUUUGCUUACUGCCUAGGAGGGUUAAAGAGUGAUAUUCCUAACUUUGCCGAACUCUUUGGCUUUCGUAAAUUGGUUAACACUAUUGCUCAUGAACUAGCCCACUGCUUAAUGGCUAACUAUAAACUUCAAUUUGGUUAUAAACAUGAUAAAAGUCAUGGUGGAUUAACCCAAGACAUUGAGGCUUUUUUAUGA